AUGGGUGUCGGUCGCUUUUUCUGCGUGCUAUUGCCGUUCGCACUUACAAUCGGCUCCAUCAUCUUCCUCCUCGUCGGUGCCCUCGCUGGUGUCGCCGACAAGUCUCUCUACAUCUUCCGAGUCGAUGUUGAGGAUCUCAGCAUCAGCCCCGCCGAUGUCGACAACAUCGUCGAUAACCUCGGCCUCAAGGACUUUAAAUUCAACACUCGCGAUGUGCCCCAGCUCGUGACCCGCGCCGAGGAUGGUGCCCCCGUCAAGGAUAACAUCACCGCCAAGAUGCUCGGUCUCGACAAGUACUACGACAUCAACCUCUGGGGUUUCUGCAAGAUCGACAAGGAUGGCAAGCGAAAGUGCGAGAAGCCUGAGUUUGACUGGGCCAGCAAGUCUCUCAACACCUCUACUCUCGUUGGUACCAACAAGAACAUUGCUAUUCAGCUCCCCGAUGAGAUCCAGAGCGCUCUCAAGGCUUUCAGGACUGCCACCAAGUGGACACAAGUCGUUUACAUUGCUGCCUUUAUUGCUCUCGCUGCUGAGAUUAUUCUUGGAAUCUUCACCAACUGCUCUCGUAUCGUCUCCUGCUUGACCUGGAUUGUUGCUGGUAUCGCCACUACUCUCGUUAUUGGCUCUGUUGUUCUCUCAGGUGUCCUAGCUGGUACCGUUGUCGGCGCUGUCGAGGCCUCUGCCAAGUUCUAUGGUGUCAAGGGUCACAUCAACGGCCGAUUCUUUGCCUGCGUCGCUAUUUCCGCCGCAUUUGCCCUCGCCGCUGGUCUCUUCUGGAUGUUCACCAUCUGCUGCUGCAAGCCCGAGAGCCGAAGUGACAAGAAGAAGAACAACCGCCGAUCUGACGGCGAGAAGCUCCUCGGUGGUGCUGGCAACAAGCACGGCUCUUACGCUCCUCUCAGCGACGACCACGAGAUGCAAUCCGGCUACUACAACCACAACCAGGCCCAAUCUCAGUACGGUGCUCCUCGCUACCCUAGCGGCACUGCCCGUUCCGAUCUCGCCUACGAGCCCUACUCUCACCGUGCCUAA